GUGCCGAUCUGCCGCUCUCUGCGGAUCAACUUUUGAUUGGCUGCCGGCUCUGUGGGCGGAGCCCCGCUGUUAUAAGAGCGGGGUCCGGGGGUCGCGGCGCUGUCGGUGCGAAGCUCCGUGCGCUGUCCCUCGGUCCCCCCCGGCCCCGCCAUGUCUGACCCACCUCAGCAGCCUGCUCCCGGCGCUCCCGAAGGAGGGGCACCCGAAGGAGGCGCUCCCGAAGGGGCAGCGCCCGGUGGGGGUGCCCCGGGGGCUCCCCCCAAUCUGACCAGCAAUCGCCGCCUGCAGCAGACGCAAGCCCAAGUGCAGGAGGUGGUUGAUAUAAUGUGUGUAAACGUAGACAAGGUGCUGCAACGAGACGAGAAGCUGUCAGAGCUGGAUGACAGGGCAGACGCACUGCAGGCCGGCGCCUCAGUAUUUGAAAGUAGCGCAGCCAAACUCAAAAGGAAGUACUGGUGGAAGAACUGCAAGAUGAUGAUCAUGAUGGGAGUGAUCGGUGCCCUUGUGGUGGUGGUGAUUGCAAAAAACAAUUCUCCUUUGGUGUUGGAAUAAAAGUUCAGGACCCAAAUGAAGACCUCCAAGAGUAGGAUGCUGUUCACAACACAUCUUGGAGCAUGACUGGAAUAAAGGUAAGUGCCCCUUUGUUUUGUUUCACUGUACAUUUGAAACUCAUUAAAAGGAAAUGACAGAGCUUUGUCCAGUGCAGACUUCUUUUAAAAUUAAGUAUUUGUGCCCUUAUCUGCCCUUAUUGCUACAAAUGCUAGGUUGUAAAACAGCCUUGUUUGUGUGGCUUCUGGUUCCCUUAUGAUCAAUCUUUGUCCAGUCUUAAACAUCACCAAAAUCCACACUAGAACAGUGAACACACUGGAACAGCUCUCAGUGGUGAAUUUGGAGCAAGGCAGCUAGACCAAUUCUUCAAAGAUGGAAGCCCUCCUAGGAAAGGAGGGUGUCUGGACUGGCUGGUGGAUUAAAGCAGCAUGUACAGUCUAAAAUUCCACACAGUUCAGGCCUGCACAACCUGAACAAACGAGUCGCGCUACAAUUCCUGCCAAGUUUUGUGUUGCAUUCCUGUCAGUUCUCAGCCUCAUUCAUGUAGAGGGAUUGGGAAGAUGUUUUCAUGGGACAGAUGCAUUUUUGGACUGUUGAUGAUGCAGUGUCCAAGUCCCUAGCCAAAGCUAGGAUUGAAAGCUCAUUUUCCAAAGCUGGCAGCUGCUCUGGAGCACAGAGCUGGGGCUGAACAUACUGCUGAAAGUUGCCCCAGGGUUGAGCCCAGUUCAUGAGUCAUGUUGUGGCUGUUUGCAAAGACUUGCAUGUCUAGCCAUAAAUCCUCUGUUAGGCAUUGAAAAUACCAUGCUCUACUAGAAGCUCUUCUGAAGUGCCAUCCUUUACUGCAUCAGCAUUUCUGCUGCUCCUGCACUCUCUUAUCCCAGAUAAAACAGGGUUUUAAAUGUGCUCCAAAAGCAAGGCCAAGGCUUUGGGAGAAUAGUUCUUUGUAUGUCUAAUUAAAAAGUCAAGCUCUGCCUUUAUACAUGGAACAUACUUAACAUGCCUUUGAGCUGGAAUGGACUGCCCAGAGAAGCCGUGGAUGCCCCAUCUCUGGAGGUGGCCAAAGCUGGGUUGGAUGGGGCUUUGAGCAACCUGGUCUAGUGGAAGGUGUCCCCGUCCAUGGCAAGGAGUUGGAGCUAAGAUGAUCUUUAAGGUCACUUCCAACCCAAACUACUCUGUGCCAAAUGCAGCUCCCAUAUCAACUGCUUCAUCCUGACGUCUUCAGAUGUGGUGGAAGAAAAGCCUCAACUCUACUGCUCCUAAGUGGAUAUUCCCUAAACCUUCGUAUCUCCAGAUGCCUGAGGCAUUGCUCUGGCCUUUCCUGAGGUGUCUCUGUGCUGGGCAAAGCCAGGUGCAGGCUCUCAUCAGUAGUGGGGUUUGUUGCCUCAGCUGGAGAGCAUCCAAAUGAUGAUGGGGAAGACAGCUUUUUCUUCAGAGCUGGAACGCAGCAUCAACACUUUUUAAAUGAACCUGGCUCCCUUGGGAAGUGACGGAGGUCCCUGCUCUGAUAUAUCCACUGGGAUUGGAAGCCUUAACUUGGUGAAGAGAGGUAAUAAGGGGGAGGUUUUAUCUUUGUUCUGACCUCUAAACAAGUAAUUGCUCUGAGAGAUGUAACAGAUAAAGAAAUAGGUUUUACAAAUAGGCAGCUCAGCCAUGUCUGUUGGAUACCUGAGCCUCCACACUGCUGAUAAUAUUUGACCUAUUUUUGGCCUGAGAUAGAGUGCAACACUUACACAGAACACCCUUACUUGUUCCCCAGGUUUCAAAUAUGACACAGCCUCAUAAUGUCCUUUCCUUCAGUGCACAGACUCACUAAAUGAUUUCUGCAGAGGACUAAAUGACACUUUCUUUUUACAUGCUUCCCAUAGAGGCUUCUUUUCCAAAAGCCUUUGUACUAUUUUUUUAAAACGAAUUUUGCCAUAAAUGUAUUAAAAAUUUAAUAAAGGUUAUAAGCUCUUUUUAGUUCAUUGCUUUUAAGCAUGCACUUGGAAGCUGAAGGCACUUUCCCCUCUUCUGCUUACAAGCCCCCUUUAAAUAUUGCAUAUUUUUAAAUACAGAGAACUGUGACUGCAUGUGGCUGUGCCUCUGGUAUGUUCCUGAUCUCUUUGGUUCCCCUGUGUCCUUUCACCAGAAGCACUACUGCCUUUUUCAUCUCUUGAUGUAGCCUGUUACCCCAUAGAUUUUAUUGAUCCUGUCCCAAGAGCUUGGUAACUCUUCAAAUUCCUUCUCGGUUUGACCUCAGUCUGUGCAGGCAAUCCUAGAUCUAUCUGUCCAGCUUCUCUUAAGCUCUCCAGCAAGCAGGAUUUAGUUCUUCUAAAUACAUUGUUUAUUUUCCAAAGUGAUGGUUCUCUCAUUCUCUCAUAGCUUCCCUAGACAUUUAUGUUGUACUUCCAUGCCUUUCCUCUAUUACCUUAAUUCUUAUGGAAAAACAAUAGUUUUGACAUCUGUUCCCAGUCCGAAAAGACACAACCUUCAGCUGUUCCCUGCAUGUUUUCCAUGUCCUCAAAAUAACUGGUGUGCCUCUAACACACCUAUGACUACUGAGCAUUUACAUCCCCUCAAUUUUCUUCUCUUGUACAAAUUCACCCCAGCUCAGACCUUUAAUUUGCCUUUUGCCGACCUGCAGAUCCCCAUACGUGCACUUUCUUCCCUUUUCUCCAAUUUUUCACAUUCUCAGUGAAACACUCCAAUUUUUUGGGCUCUUACUCCGGCACUGCUGGCCUUGCCUCUUGUUUUCAGCAAGACCAAGCUCACUAUACAUCUGCUGAGCUCAUUUGUGGUCUUGCCAGCCUACAAGAAAUGUAAAGAUUAUUUCUGGAACAAUCCCCUGAUUUCUCCCAAGAUGGCAAUUUUUACACUGAUUCACAGGACAGGGAGGGCUCAUCUAUUUACCAACCUGUAUAAUUGCUUCUUCACAUUUGUAUAGGCUUUUAACUCUGGAUUUACAGCUAUCCUGAAUGGUGCCAUUACUUUGAGUUCAUCAGUCAAAGCCUGAUUUUUUUUUUUUUCCUUUUAACGCUUUUAUGGAACAGAUAGGAUAUGAAUCAAGCUUCCCCCAGGGAAUACAUCACCACCUUCUGCAGCUGUAUUUCUUUAUUGAUGAAGAGAACUUACUGCUUUAAGUGGUUAUGCCUCUGAUUAAUCUUGCUUUAAUCACCCACUUGACUAUGCAUGAUGCAGCAGGUCUCAUCAAUUUUAUGGUUAUUACAAGGUUAUUUAUGGUUCUGUGAUGUGAAAAAUCGUGUCUUACUCUUUGGAUACUGGGGAAAUAUCAUGCUUACCAUAUGAAUCACCAUAUGUUUAUGGUAUACAAAGACUGUUUUAAGGUGUUGCACCUGCUCUUUAUCCUUUCUUGAUUUGAAGGUGGCUUUGUGAAGCAAACAGCUUUGUGUCCAGUGUCAGGUUUUUGCUCAUUCAUGUGCUAGAAAACACCCAAGGCAUCAGUCUGCAGUACUGAAUUUGUGUCCAAGAACUGGCUGCAGCACCCU